AUGCAUUUUUCUCCGGCCAAUUCUGCCAAUAUCGUUACCGAGUUUAUGGGCACGGCGUUCCUCCUGGCUCUUCUUGGAGGUUUCUUAGCUGACGCAUUCCUCUCCACUUACGCCAUCUAUCUGAUAAGUGCUACAAUAGAAUUCGUGGGACUGCUCGUACUAACGGUGCAAGCUUGCAUGCACUCUCUGACACCUCCAGUCUGUGCAUCAACCAAUAGGAAUUCUCCAUGCAAGGAAGUUGAUGGGGGAAAAGCUGCAUUACUGUUUUCAGGCCUUUAUGUAGUGGCACUGGGUGUAGGUGGGAUAAAAGGUUCCCUCCCCUCACAUGGAGCUGAGCAGUUUGACGAAAGCACGCCAAAGGGAAGGAAACAGAGGUCAACUUUCUUCAAUUACUAUGUGUUCUGCCUUUCCUGCGGGGCUUUAUUUGCCGUGACAUUUGUGGUGUGGAUAGAAGACAACAUAGGAUGGCAAUGGGGUUUUGGAAUCUCCACUGCAACAAUAUUGAUCUCUAUCCCAAUCUUCCUCUUGGGAUCGCCUAUUUACAGGACAAAACUUCCAACAGGAAGCCCUAUUACAACAAUACUCAAGGUUUUGGCUGCAGCAGUUUUCAACACUAGCAUGUACAAAAAAUCACACAACACUGUUGUAAGCAUGAAUACGAGCGCGUCAUCCUCAGCUGAUAUCCAGGAAUUCGACCAUUCCAUAGAAAAUGCACCAAUUCAGACUGCAUCCGAAGGCCUAAAGUUCCUUGACAGAGCAGUGGGCAAGCCUGUACAUCCAGCGCUAGCAUGCACAGUUAAACAAGUCAAAGAAGUGAAGAUAGUUAUAAAGAUUCUCCCCAUCUUCAUGUCUACCAUUAUACUCAACUGCUGCCUUGCUCAGCUCUCUACGUUUUCUGUCCAACAAGCAGCAACCAUGAACACAAAGGUUGGAUCUUUAAUGGUCCCUCCGGCUUCUCUGCCCGUGUUUCCUGUUGUCUUCACCAUUGUUCUUGCACCAGUCUAUAACCAUAUCAUAGUCCCAAUUUCUAGGAAGAUAACCAGAACUGAAACGGGUAUCACUCAUUUACAAAGAAUCGGAACAGGACUGGUUCUUUCUAUUGUGGCCAUGGCUGUUGCCGCUUUGGUAGAAAUAAAGCGGAAACAGGUAGCAGUCCAAUCUGGUCUGAUGAACUCCACUGAAACUCUUCCCAUUACAUUCCUGUGGAUUGCUUUGCAAUACUUGUUCCUGGGAUCCGCCGAUCUUUUCAGCUUGGCUGGCAUGAUGGAGUUCUUCUUCACAGAGGCCCCCUUCAGCAUGAGAUCCCUGGCCACAGCACUUUCCUGGGCGUCAUUGGCAAUGGGUUAUUACCUUAGCUCAGUUCUCGUGUCCAUAGUCAACAAAAUCACUGGUACAUUCCGACACACACCAUGGCUUUCUGGCAGCAACUUAAAUCAUUAUCACCUCGAAAGGUUUUACUGGUUAAUGUGCACAUUGAGUGGACUGAAUUUUCUGCAUUACCUCCUUUGGGCAAGGCAUUACAAGUACAGAUCAAUAGGGCCUGACAAUCAGAAAGAAAUUCAAACAGGGAGUAGUUCCACAGAGGUCUAG